GUGAUGAAGCAAGCACAUUUGUAUUUGUGUGUGUGUGUUUGUGUUUUAAUCCACUCGCGUGACUCCAUAACUGAUGUGCUGUCGUUAGCUCUGCUCUAACUUCCGGCUGGCUUGGGUCUGGCACGGUGCUUCACUGGAUCUGCUGCUGCAGCCCUGCGGAUGGAUGCUAUUGAAAGUCGCCCAAACAGGAGGAAUUAUUUCCAAUCAGGCAACCACAGACACGCUCUUGUGCGCGGAGCUUCCGUCUCCCCAACAAGAAACGAAGAGCAGGUUUCCAUGGCAAUGUAAACACUGAGCCGUUGAGUUGAGACUUGAAACCCGUAUUUAGCUUAAUUUCUUAAACUUUAAAUUUAGAUCAUAACUUUAAAGUGAGUUAAAGCUGUACACAUCAUAACACAGGAUACAGCUAUAUUUUAACUGUUCUUUCGACGUCUCGACAGUAUUUUAUACAGUUGUUGCUAGCCCAGCUAGCUGUUUCCGUGCGAUAAAUUUAUCAUGGAUUUUGGCAACAAACUAGAAGAACUUAAUAUGACGACUGACGAAAUAAACCGUUUCAGUAAAGCCAUGAAUGAUGAGAAGUUUUGUGAGCUGCUCCAUGAGUACGCGCAGGAAAUAUCAAACCCCGAGAACAAGAAAAAGUAUGAGGAGGAAAUCACACAGCUGGAGCAAGAGAGGGGCAUGGAGGUCAAAUUUAUCCAUCCCACUGCCCACCAUGUGCUGAAGACCAGUGUGAAUGGUAAAGAGAAGUGUUUUAUCAAUAUCUGCUCAAAUAGCCUAAUCAAUAAGCCCACAUGUGAAGCCAGAAGGGCUGAAAAUGGCCAGGUUGGGCAGUGCUGGUCACUGCCAUACUCUCUAACGCCUGGCAGACCUGAUAGAGACGGCAAGGGCAAUAAGUGCAUGAUAUAUGAUGUUGUUUUUCAUCCAGACACACUCUACAUGGCAGACAAAAACACAAGAUUCAUGAAACUUGUGAACAGCACUGCCACACAAGGUGUAGAGGAUGCCUUUAAAGUCACACUGGACAAAGCCAAUUCCUUAUUGAAAAAAAAACAAUACAAAGGUGUGCCUCAGCCAGCUAUAAUACGUAAACCAAUCCCUGGUCAGCCCAGGAAAGAAGAAUCCUCUCCUCAUGACAAAGCUUUCCAUAUACUUUACCCAGACACUAUGCCAAUUAAAAAUCCCACACCUCCCUCAUCUUCUCUAACCCAAAGUCCUAUCAAACAAAGUUCUUUUAUGCCUAUACAACCACAUUACACUAUCAAGUAUAGAUCAUUGGUGGAUCUGCAGGACUACAGAUGCUCAAGAGACUCGGCUCCAAGUCCACGACCAAAAGAGAUUGUUAUUACCAUAGAUUUACCACUUCUCAAAUCAGCAGCAGAUGUUGACCUAAAUGUGACUGACAGAAUGCUGGCUUUAGAGUCUCAAAAGCCAGACUACAAACUGGAGCUACAGUUAUCCUAUCCUGUGGAUGAUGACAAAGGAGAUGCCAAAUUCAACAAGGCUACAAAACAGCUUACCAUAACGCUAGCCAUACGACCAGCUAAGAACCGUGCUGUGGUUCAUGUCGAGGGAACUCAGGCUGAAAGUGAUGACAGAGAUGUGAUGGGGAGUGCCAAUAAAGCGAAUGAAGCAGUAUUUGAAGCAGAACUGGUCAAAGAUGAACAGAGUGAGCUGAACAUCUUAGAUGCAAGUUGUGAAGCACAGACUCAGGAAAACAGACCUGUACAGAAAGAGGAAGAUGAAGAUACGCACUUCUCCUCUGUUGAGGUAGAAAGUUAUCAAAUGAACUCUUUGGAAUCCAAAUCUAAACCUUUACAUUUGGUCAGGGUAGAUACAACACUCACUUGUGAAAUAAACAACACAGAAACAUCCAGAUCAUCUGAGAAUGCUAUGAACGGGCCAAAAAAGGGUUUCCUUCAAAGUGCAUAUAUAUGUACACAAAAUAUGUCCUUAGAGGCUCAUGCUAAUAAAGAGACUGAAAACAAUCAAGACAAGGAGAACCUUCACUCAGGUGUCAAAUCAGUACAAGAAACAUUACAUGAUGUUCAAAAUAGUCCUGCCAACUCAUCCAAUUUGGCAACAGGAAAAUCUGAGGUGGAGCCAUCAGUGAUCAGUGACGGACCAAACCAGCUGAAUUCUCCAUUAGACAAAGACACUAUAAAGGGUUCAUGCAGACUUAAGGUGACUGGGGCAUUGUCUGAAGAUGAAAAUAGCUCUACCAAACUCAGUUCUACCCUAGUGCCACCGAAUGAGCAAGUGGAUAAUGUUGAUUCUUCCAAACAGAGCAAAACAGUUUUCAGUAUUACCACUGCUCCCAUCCUUAGAGAGAAAAACCCUGAAGACGGCAAUGAGGUUAUUUUUAUUGAUCAUACCACUUCUGCUGCUCUCGCCUUCCAGAAUACUCUAUGGUUUGAGCUUGACUAACAACAUGGCUCACUUAUGUUAAUUUAUGGCCAACAUAUUUGAUCAACAUAUGCUUAACUUGUAUUUUAUUCAUUUAUUAUGCAUUUGUUAGUGAUGUUAUAGUAAUGAAUAACAUAUAGUGAAUAACACCACUAAUGCUUGACAUACAGUAGGUAUCCAUACAGACUUAAAAAAUAUUGACUUAUAAUAUUUAAACAUUGACAGUCAAUAAAUAAAAGAAAUGUGCUCUGCUUUAA